AUGGGGCCUCCGCAGGGGAUAGAAGUCCUGCGGCGGAGGGCGAGCGUCCUGAGGGAGUCACUGCAGAAGAGCCAGACCAACACCGACGCAAUGGUGUCCAUCCUUGGCUCGUUCGAUCACCGCCUCUCUGCCCUCGAGGCGGCGAUGCGUCCCAUUCAGGUUUUUCCGCAUCCCUCGACCGGCAUUAUGCUACCUAAAGAUAUUCUAACCAUUCCUCUUCGUGCAUUAAAUCAUUAAUUUUAUCAUAUUUCUCUUUCGGUUUUGAUCAAACACCACGAGACUGUGAGCUAUGCAUUAAACUGCAUGAAGGACAUAACCAUUCCAUUUUCAUGCAGUUAUUAGCAUUCACGAGGCCAAUUGCAUUUAUUAAAUAGAUCUAUCGGAUACCUUCUUUUAGUCAGUAAAUAAAUUUUCAACUCGAAAAAUGGUUAAAAAUUCCUACUGCAGCGUUAUGAUGCCUAUAAAUGUAAAUAAUUCAUUUAGGGUGGAUAAUUUAUUAUUUAAAUUAUAAGAGUCCCGUAUACUUUCAUCCUUUUUAAAACUUUUUGAGACUCCAUCCGCUUGAUAAUUCUAUUAGGUAUAGCUUGAUUUUUCUUACGCUUCUCGUGCAGGUGAGGACCCAUGCCAUCAGGAGGGCUCACGAAAACAUUGACAAGACACUAAAGUCUGCAGCGAUAAUUCUGUCUCAGUUUGAUCUUUCACGCGAGGUUUUCUUUCCUCAAAUCACUUUUAUUUUUUUUCUUGACCUUUAUAAUAUAUUAAAAGUUCUUCACGGGAUAGAGACAUGCAAGGAAUGGUGUGGAAAUCCUUAUGCUAAAAAAAUGGGAAAAUGAGGGUUCCCUUUUAAAAUUGUAGGCAGAAGCAAAGAUUCUUAAAGGGCCACACGAGGAUUUGGAAAGUUACUUGGAGGCGGUUGAGCAGCUGAGAAGCAACGUACGCUUCUUCAGUUCAAACAAAAGCUUCAAAAGUAGUGAUGGAGUCCUUAACCACGCAAAUAACUUGUUGGCAAAGGCAAUUUUAAAGUUAGAGGAAGAAUUCAGACAGUUGUUAUCAAAUUACAGGUUUGUGAUUAUCCGCCGACCACAAACUUAUCGUGUUUACUUCUCAAGCGUCUUUCAUUUACGAAGUUGUGUAGUUUUCAGAGAAUGUCUCUUGACAUUAUCGUUCAAUUUUUUACGCUUUUCUUUUUUAAAAAAUAUUAUAUAUAAAACCUUCGGAAGCUUCUGUCUUUGCUGAUAUUUUGCAUCACCAAAAGAUUUCGAUGCCCGCUGUGAAAACUGGGAAUGGGAAGGUAAGUAGAUUUCUUUCACAAAAAAAUAUUUUAAAUUCUAUUAAUUCGUGAAUUUUGAAGUAGGAUUUCCUACAUGGAAUGAAACAACAUGGAUAUGAGAAUAUGCUAUCCGCUGUGCUCAUUUUUCUUAGACUUUUUAAGAUUUGCUUAAAGAAAAAUAUGAACACUCACUAACAAGAUUAAUAUCUCCCAUGAACGGCAAAGUCAACGAAGUUCGGGGAAAAUGCGAUAACUUGCCUUUGUACCUGAGGAUUAAAGACAGAAAAUGGGAAAAAAAUGGCGACCUUAAAACACAAAUGUGUAAGUCUAAAGUGACUUGAAUGAGAGGGAUAGUAUUAAAUUAGAUUGUCAACUUUCUAUUAAAAAAUACGCAGUCAAAUAUUUCCUCUAUAAAGAAUAUAUGGAAAUAGAGGCUAGGCCUACCCAAAGUUAGGAAGACAGAGGUGAAAGACAGCGAGAUAUAUGUGUGCAUGAACAAGCUUAUGAUUUUUCGGGGAAACAUUAAAAAGAUCAGUCAGUCAAGUAAUGCAUGCAGCUCACUGUAUUUUCCACAGUAAGGUGAUUCACUCAGAAGAAAUAGAAGCGAUGUUUUGAGAUGUUAAAUGAGGUAUGCUCAGAAAAUUUACGUGAAUCGUGGAGAAAGAAGUAAUCGAUGGAUUUAUUUUCACAGAAUAAUACAAUUAUAUAUUUUCCAUUAAUUUAUUUGGGUGAGAAAAAAUAAUUACGAAACGAUUUAUGCAUCUUAUUAGGGGACUUUGGUCCCACUAAUAUUUUAUUCCUAUAACUUAAAACUAAUUUUUUUGAAAUAUUUAUAACUUUUAAGUGUCAUAGUAUCAAAUAUUUUGUCCAUAAAUUAUUAUAUUUAUUCUCUGGUUCCCUUAAGUCACAUUCCAUGUGUUCUGUUUGGUCAACUGACAUUUUUUCACCAUCCAUUUCUUCUUCCAUCCGUCCAGUUUCACUCGCAAUCAAUUUCUUGUUACACACAUACACAUAUCAAAGCUAUGCUUCUUGAAAUACCUUUUGCUUUGCUAUGCCCUGCCCCGAAGAAAUUCUCCGUGCUGUAACUAUCUCACCAAAGAUCCUAGUUCUUCGAGUGAAAAAUCUUCUGGGACUUAGAACUCUUUCGAGUACGCCCUGUUCCAUGAAAGACAAUAAAAACUUGUAGAAUAUGUGAAAGAGAAACCUCCUAUCCUCAUUCAGUCAGAAGACAUUCCCACGGAAACUUAACGUACUAAAUUUGGGGCACCAAAAUUUAAUAUCAUAUUCCUAAACUUGGAAUGCGUUGAUAUUCAAAAACAGUAUUACAGGUUCUACGUAGAUCAACUUAUCAAUCCUAAUAAAAAAUAUUUUAGUUCCUGUGGUUAUAUUUGAAGCCAUUUUAACUUAUCCGAUCGAAUUGCCACAAUGCUUCUGUCUUUACUAUUUUAAGCUUUUCACCAUUAUACAUUUAUAUUGAUUUUUUUUUAUUUUUCAGCAAACCUUUGGAGUCUGAAAAUCUUUUUGAUUGCCUGCCAAAUUCACUGAGACCAUCAUACGGCCCACAAGGAAAUCAGGGUGAUCCUAGUCUGAAAGCCUCGUAUAGCGCCAAUAACUCCGAGCAUCAAAACAAAUCAUUAGAAAUACUAACAUACAAGCCUCUGACUCUUAUUUCGCCAAGGAUUUUACCUUUGCUACAUGAGCUAGCGCAACAAAUGGUUCAAGCUGGGUACCGGCAACAGUGCUUCAAAAUUUACAGGUAAGUUGUGGAGAAUUUAUACUGUCAUUUUUUUCAAUUAGUUUGAUAUUGUGAUGCAUAAGAAUACCUUUUUCUAAGUGAGUUACGUUUUUGUAUUUUAAUUUUUAUUUUUUUUAUCAAUAUCUGUGUCACCUGAUAUUAGCUAACUGUGAACCAAUUUAUCUAAUGAUUCGUUCGUCCAAUUUGAAAAAAAUGGGGAGUACAAUUUUCAUUGACGAGAUUUUCCUUUGAAAUUCUAGGAGAAUCGGGUCUUUAGCUUUCCUUGUGACUUCAGAUUUGAAUCGGGUCAUUUUUUAGGAUAUUUCGUCUAUUAAGGGGAGGGAUGUUUAAUGAUUUUUUUUUAUCUCCAUCAAUAAAUUGGCCUUGAAGUUUCUAGGAAAAUGUGGCUUUUGGGUGCCCUGUGGGUGCCCUGUGGCUUCAAAUGAAAUUUUUAUUGCUGAAUUGGACGUUCCUCUCUUUCUAAUCUGCUUAUUAUUCUUGGAAAAUUCUUCGUGAUGAAUUUUUCUCUCUCAUAUUUUCCUUUGGUAUGGGCUUGACGGAAGAACCAUGCAUCCAUAAGUACAGUUGAACUAUACAAGGACCUUUUAAAUUGGGUCAGGUUUAUUAUACGUGAAAUCUUAAAGUUUUGAGAGUCUUCACCAAAAAAAAUAACUCCUCUAUUUUGGAAAUUCGAACGGUUUGUGGUUUAAAGUUGUAUCAUUUUGGGUCCCUAUUAUUUAACAGUUGGGCGUUCCCGAGAAAAUAAUAUUUUCUCUGGAAAAAAAAUAUUAAUUUUCUCUAGUUACCACAUCACACAGAUCGUUAUAAAUUAUGGUUUCUUGUCAAGUAUUUUUUGCUUUUCUUGGAUAAAUAUACAGCGUAUCAACAUCUUCAAUUAUGGGUUGGCUCUAAUAUUCACCAUCGGGGAGUACAAUUUCUAAUCCGCGUUUGUAAACCUGAAGCGGGAUAAAUCAAGCUCGGAGAGGCGUGCAGACGGUUAUUUAAACCAUUAUUAUGUUUAUUUGUAAAAGCAGAGAAAAAUAUUAGAGGAAAUAUACAGAACUUGGUGAAGUGGCAGGGAGGUGGAGGAGGAAAAAUAUAAUUUUUUGUUGUGUUCUCUCCCUACUCCUACCAUUCAAAGGUUGCUUCUAUGUUAUUAUUCCAUAUCUAUCACUACUAAACAUCAAACUUGAGGUCCAUUGGAAAAUAAAAACUAAUUAUUCAAUGGACCGACUUGGAAGACAGAAAAUUGGGUUUCCCAAAUCAAAUAACUGCAAAGAUAGAGGAUAAAUUCAGAAAAACGCGGCAAAUAGACUAGCAUAAUUUACUUCUGGGUCUACAUCCAAUUCAUGGAGAUUUAUUUUUUGGAAUUUUCUUUCCAUUUAAUCGUGUGAUUCAUAGCUUGGGGUUUGACGUUGCAUUUUCAAUGCAGUAAUAAAAAAAUAGUACACGAUGCUUUAUAUUUCAGAACCAGAAAAUUCCAAUUUUCAACCAGAAUGUGAUGAAAAAUGUUAAAAGAUGAGGGUUGAAACAAUGCAUUCUUCUUAUAUUCACUCUCUAUUUAGGUAAUGAUGGCAAAAUAUUUCUUUCAUUGGAACAUAGAAUUUAAAUUGAAAAAUUUCUUGGCGGUGAGAAAUUUUCUUAGAUUUAUGGAAUCAUUCAGUCUACCAGUGCCCUCCGUUUCCUCUUCUGACAUUCCAACGUUAAAUUUCUAAUCAACCGUUCUUCAGAGAAAGUCGAACUUCGGUUAUGGAACAGACCCUUAGGAAGCUUGGUGUUGAGAAGCUCAGCAAGGAUGAGGUGCAGAAGAUGCAGUGGGAGAUCCUGGAAGCUAAGAUUGGAAAUUGGACGGUCUACAUGCGAAUUGCGGUAAGAUGUGUGAUUUUGAACAGACGAUCUCAUAUAAACUAGUAAUAUUAACCAUCUUCCGAUAUCAAACCAGGUCGUACUUUUGUUUUCUGGAGAGAGAAAGGUCUGUGAUCAAAUAUUUGACGGCAUGGAUUCUCUUAGGGAUCAGUGUUUCUCUGAGGUGACCGCCAACAGUCUUGCAAUGCUUCUGAGUUUUGGUGAUGCUAUUGCCAAAAGCAAAAGGUCACCAGAAAAAUUAUUUGUUCUUCUUGACAUGUAUGAACUAAUGCGCGAGCUUCAGCCAGAGGUUUGUGUUUUUCCGGCAGCGGUAUUUUAUUUAUGUUAUUUGUAACACAUUUAAUCUUUUAAUGCAUUAUUAUUAUGCCAUUAUAACUAUAUUUAGAAAGAAAUUCUGGUAAUUUUAAAUAAACAUGAUGAAUCAGGAUUUUCACUAAAAUGAAUGGGCAUACUUAUAUCACAUACUUCUUUUGGUUUUUCAGCUAUUUUUAUGACUUUAAAUGGAUCCAUAAUCCGAAAUACCAUAUACACAUUUCAUCAGUGAGGUUGGGGAGAAGAAUGAAAAUACCACCUCUUCUCCUGGGGUAAAAUAGGAAAAAUAAAUAAAGGUAGAACGUGGCAUUUCAACAUUGCGUCGUUUUCCCUGCUUAUAGGAAAAGUGGAUAAACGUUGAGAAUUUCGUGACAGUAAUAAGAAAAAUUGUGUGCCUUUGGUCUUUAUUUUUCCUAUCUGAGACUACUUAUUGAGGCCGCAUGUAUUUCAGUGAAAAUUUAUACAGUGUUUUUUUCUGGUGCUCAUAAUUUUUUAAAUAUUAUUUUUGGAUUUUGGGAUAAUCUAUUUAUUUUUUAAUAUUUUCUGUGCAAGAACAUUAGCGGUCAGUUUUCACGCAGAUACUUUAUCACCGCCUCAUAUGUAAUAUUUUUCCUUCAGUUAGAUUCUAUUCUUAACUGCUUGAAUACUAAAAAUGCAGACAGUUUUAUACGCACUCAUUAUUUCGUAUUUAUAAAUUUCCCAAAUUUUAAAACUGGUUUUCCAGAUAGAGAGAAUUUUCUCUGGCAAAGCUUGCUCAGAGAUGAGAGAUGCUGCAUUGAGUUUGACAAGGCGUUUGGGUCAAACUGCCCAAGAAACCUUUGGAGAUUUCGAAGAAGCAGUUGAAAAGGAUGCUACGAAAACCACCGUUUCAGAUGGAACUGUGCAUCCCCUGACUAGCUACGUCAUUAAUUAUGUGAAGUUUUUGUUUGAGUAAGCACUAGCUUCUUUUUUUAUUCGCCAUCUGUCCUUCCGAUUGUGUCGCAGGGUGAACUGCAUAGGUUUUCUGUUUGUUUCACCCCACAUAUUAUCGUUUAUUUAUUUUCUAAUUUAUUCUUAAGGCAAAAUUCAUGGAUCAGUUGUGUUCGCCGUAUUACAUAACGGAUUAUUUUCUGCCCAUGAUGUUGACUUUUGUAAAACUGAAUUUCUUGGAAAGCAUCAAUUUUCUUCCCUGAUCAAUCGACGAAUGAAACAUUUACAGCUAUCAAUCGACAUUCAAGCUGCUUUUUCAAGGGUUUGAUGAUGGAAGUGAACCAAACUCCCAGCUUACCAACAUGACAGUGAGGAUAAUGAAUGCUCUUCAGACAAACCUGGAUGGGAAAUCUAAGCAGUACAGAGAUCCUGCGUUGACUUACAUAUUCCUCAUGAAUAACAUUCACUACAUGGUUAGAUCUGUGCGAAGGUGAGCUGUACAAAUAUAUAGAGUAAAAGAUGUAUUAGAACUUAAAGACGAGUGACAAGUUUUCAUAAUAAUUUUCAGAUCUGAAGCUAAGGAUCUACUAGGCGAUGACUGGGUUCAAAGGCAUAGGAGGGUCGUUCAGCAGAAUGCAAAUCAAUACAGGAGGGUUGCUUGGACAAAGGUUCGCUACCCUCUCUCUCUCUCUCUCUCUCUCUCUCUCUCUCUCUCUCUAUAUAUAUAUAUAUAUAUAUAUAUAUCUAUCUCAUGAUCUAAUAUCUCUUUGCUUCUGAUAUUCUGCCUCCUUAUGAUCCAUCAUUCCUAUUUAUGCUCCAAUUAUCAUCAUGAAGAACGCCCUUGUCAAGAAAUUUGUGAGAAAAAACCUCGUGAAGAACAGGAUUUUAGAUCGGCAGUAGGGCCUGAAACUUCUCCGCUUCUCCUUGAGCUUCGUUGACUCACGACCAGCUCCCUCACUGAGCUUCUCCUGGUGUUUUCGCUUCGUUCAGCUUACUAUUUCUUUCCUUGGGUUGGGUCGCAUUCACCUCAUUUUUCUACAAAAAUCCAUCUUGAAUGAGAAGCCGUAUCAUCUUCCAGAUAUUAAUGCUUCCGCUGCUCGGCAGCUUCUGCAGAGUCUGACGAUUCAAGUCAACAACAGCAGCGGAGGCAGCGGGAUGGGAGGAGAUGGAGGCGGCGCAGGACCCGGCGGACAAGGAAUCGGGAACAUCAGCGGCGUCUCUCGGGCCACGGUGAAGGAGAGGUCUCCAUCUGAUGCUCCAGUUAUCGUUGACUUUGCCCUCCUCGAGAUUCCCCAGCCGAAAGUGUUCUCUCUGGCGCUGUCAGGUUCAAGUCAUUCAACGCGCAAUUCGAGGAGCUCCACCAGCGACAAUCUCAGUGGAGUGUGCCUGAUCUUGAGCUGCGGGAGUCUCUGAGGCUAUCCAUCGCCGAAGUUCUCCUCCCAGCUUAUCGGAGCUUCAUCAAGCGGUUUGGGUAAGUUUUCAAUCGACAGUUCCACCCGAUUCUCGGUCAACCCAAGAACGCAGAACCCAGUUAGGCCUGUUUUUUUUCUUCUUUUUUUUUCCUCCAAUGGCAGCCCUUUUGAUCCGUCUAUGAUCCUGAAUCUUCUGUCAUCUUGUUGUUGGUGCGUGAGGCAGGCCCAUGAUAGAGAGCGGCAAGAACCCUCAGAAAUAUUACAGAUAUGCCCCGGAGGUCGUCGACAGGCUGCUCGGCGAGUUCUUCGAAGGGAAGGUCUGGGGCGAGCUGAAGCGUUGA